UCUAAUCUCGAGUGCGAAUGUGAAGCAGCAGGCCAUCUAUCUGGUAACAUCAUAAAACGCGGUUAUAUUAUACUAAGGUUAUGUUAAACUAAGCAAAUUCAAGUGAGGUUAUUGAUGUAUUUUUCGAUAACGUUGACGAGUGUCUGCACUUGCAAAGAGCGAUUUUUAUUCUAUUGACGCGGCCUACUCUCGGAGAACAACAAUGGAUUUCCAGAAUCGUCCAGGCGGCAAAACCGGCGGCGGCGGCGUCGCCUCCUGGUCGGAAAGUAAUCGCGAUCGCCGGGAGCGUCUCCGUCAGCUCGCCCUGGAGACUAUUGAUCUAAACAAGGAUCCGUAUUUUAUGAAAAAUCACCUGGGCUCAUAUGAAUGUAAACUAUGUCUUACUCUACACAACAAUGAGGGCAGUUAUCUAGCACACACUCAGGGUAAGAAACAUCAAGCCAAUUUAGCCAGGAGAGCUGCGAAAGAAGCUAAGGAAGCACCACAGACCCUUGCACCAGAGAAGCCUCGGGUCGAACCGAAGAAAUUUGUGAAGAUCGGUCGACCUGGUUAUCGAGUCACCAAGCAGCGUGAUCCAGAAUCUGGUCAGCAGAGUCUGCUAUUUCAAGUCGAUUAUCCGGAGGUGGCGGACAAUGUGAUACCACGACAUAGAUUCAUGUCUGCCUAUGAACAAAGAGUCGAGCCACCAGAUCGCAAGUGGCAGUAUCUGCUGUUUGCAGCUGAGCCAUAUGAGACCAUCGCCUUCAAAGUUCCUAGUAGAGAAGUAGAAAAGGCAGAGGGAAAGUUUUGGACUCACUGGAACAAGGACACAAAACAAUUUUUCUUGCAAUUUGCAUUUAAAAACGAGAAGCCGUCUGUGGGUAAAGUACCACCACCGCCAGUUCCUCUGAUAAGACCAGGAUUAGGCCCGAUGGUGCCUGUUCCACCACCUCCACCCAGACCACCAAUGUUUAAUCCGGUACCACCACCACCAGCUCUCUUGGCACCCGGGAUGCAAAUACCUCCACCACCACCUCACAUAGCAUAAGAAAUCUGGAAUACAAUACAUAUUUAUAUAAUCUUUUUCAUUUUAUUAUUAAUGCUUAAAUCUUCGCUAUCUACAUGUUACAAAAGAUCGAUUUUAUUCUAAAUCACAAAAAAAUUAAAAUGUGUUUAGAUUGUGUAAUAUAAGUGAAAUCUAAUUAUAAUUUUAUAAGAAUAAAACAAAUUGUGAGAAA